GCUUGCAAUGCCAUCAUUUCCUGUUGUGGUGAAGAUUGGACAUGCUCAUUCUGGAAUGGGAAAGGUGAAAAUAGAAAACCACUAUGACUUCCAGGAUAUCGCCAGCGUUGUGGCCUUGACACAGACCUAUGCCACCACCGAACCCUUCGUAGAUUCCAAAUAUGAUAUCAGGAUUCAGAAAAUAGGAAAUAACUACAAAGCAUACAUGAGAACCUCAAUAUCAGGUAACUGGAAGACAAACACUGGGUCUGCCAUGCUAGAACAGGUGGCAAUGUCAGACAGGUACAAGCUAUGGGUUGACACAUGUGCAGAAAUCUUUGGAGGUCUGGAUAUUUGUGCUGUAAAGGUGGUACAUGGGAAGGAUGGAAAGGAUUAUAUUAUAGAGGUUAUGGACUGCACAAUGCCAGUGAUUGGUGAGCAUCAAGCAGAGGAUCGACAAACAAUUGCUGAUUUAGUUGUGGCCAGGAUGAAUCAGGCUCUGUCCAAAACUCCAAUUCCCUCCCCACAGAGACCAACAGCAAUCACCCAGCCACAGAGCGGAAUGAUGAAAGAGUCUGAUCUGAGCAAGAUUCCAGCCCAACGACCUCCACCUCAAGGGGGCCCAGUGCAACCCCAAGGAUUGCAAACAGAGAACCAGCAGCAUCCUUCCCAUUUGGACACUCAGAAGCCUCCUGGUCAAGAUCUCCUCCCACAGAAUGAACCACAGAUGCCAUCAUCAACCGCAGUUCAGAAGCCUUCCUCCAUAGAACACAUGUCUUCUGCUGCCAGGAACAUGGAGCAAGAAUUCAGACAUCAGACGGAGCAGCCUCAAAAAGCUGCACCUCAUCCCCAGCUGAACAAGUCUCAGUCUUUGACCAAUGCCUUCAACUUCACCCAGUCAUCCUUCUUCAGAUCAUCAAGCAAUGAGGAUGAAGCCAAAGCAGACAGUAUCCGCAAUCUGAGGAAGUCUUUUGCCAGUCUAUUCUCAGAUAAUUGA